AUCUCAUCCAGCUUCACCAUCCCCUCCCAAAUCCAACCCCCAACACCGACAAAAUGGCCGGCGGAAUCACUGUUCGCGACGUCGAUGCGCAGAAGUUCAUCACUGCCUAUGCUGCUUUUCUGAAGCGUCAGGGCAAGCUGCCCAUCCCCGGUUGGGUUGACACCGUCAAGACUGGUCCCGCCAAGGAGCUGCCUCCCCAGGACAUUGACUGGUUCUACGUCCGCGCCGCCUCCGUCGCCCGCCACGUCUACCUCCGCAAGACCGUCGGUGUUGGCCGUCUCCGCAAGGUCCACGGCACCGCCAAGAACCGCGGCAACCGCCCCUCCCACCACGUUGACGCCUCCGGCUCCGUCGACCGCAAGGCCAUGCAGGCUCUCGAGAAGAUUGGUGUCCUUGAGCAGGACGAGGAGAAGGGUGGCCGCCGCAUCACCCAGUCCGGCCAGCGUGACUUGGACCGAAUUGCCCAGACCACCGCUGAGGCCGAGGAGGAGGAGGAUGACGAGUAAAUCAAAAUAAACUAAAAGGAGUUUGCUUUAUUUUUCUUGUCUUUCUCUUCACAAUGUCAUGGGAUGGCGGCAUCGGAAUGGGCGUACGGUCUUAGAUUUUGAGAUGUAUGAACAAGAUUCCCUCU